CGUGAUUAUUCCGAAGGGGAAGAAGGAGGAGGGGAAAGGAUAGGGAAAGGUUAGUUCGAUAGCUGGUGAAAGGAUAAGUUAGUAUGGUCAGAUCCCGACCUGAAUUUACCCAGUGAAAUAAGAGCCAUACCGGCUUGGUACCGCUCGUAUUUCCGGGGAUGUUGGUGUGUGUUCUUCCUGCAUGUUCAUUGGUCGGGGCCCAAUCAACGGCCACGGUCCUACUCCUACUCCGUCCGUUCAGUCCUGCCCGGGGUCCCGGACAAGCACAUGGGAAUCAUUUCACGGGGAGGGUGGAUUUUCCCCAGAAAAUCGUCCUAGGUUUGGGUCAAUGGAAGGUUUCAAACGAUCUACGGAUGGGACGUCUAGAUGCCAGAUGGAUAGAUGGGCGUCGAGUAAGAAUGUGGCUAUUUGAAGAGGGUGACUGAUAAGAGGGUUUGGAUGACCUCAAGAAAUGAGCUUGAGAAAUUCGACCGGGUCGAACCCACAGGCAUUCUUGGAAAUGCAAGGUGCGUCUCGGGGCAGUCGCGGGCCCCGAAAUCGGCGGGGCAGGGGUACGGAAAAGCUACUAGACAGUAAGCUACGGGUGAAUGUAACAGAGCAGCGAGAAGGCAGCCUAGAGGGAACGUGGCUCGGAGAGGG